AUGAGUCCAGUAGUUAUCCUGGUGCUGGGUAUCUCCUGUCUGUUUCUCUUUUCAAUAUGGAGACAGAACUCUGGGAGAAGGAAGCUCCCUCCAGGCCCCACUCCUUUCCCAAUUAUAGGAAAUACACUGCAGGUUGAUAUUAAAGACAUCACUAAAUCUUUAACCAAGUUCUCAAAAGUCUAUGGCCCUGUGUUCACUCUGUAUUUCGGCAUGAAGCCCACCGUGGUGUUGCAUGGAUAUGAAGCAGUGAAGGAAGCUCUGAUUGACCUUGGGGAGGAGUUCUCUGGAAGAGGCAGGUUCCCAUUUGCUGAAAAAGUUAAUAGAGGCCUUGGAAUUAUUUUCAGCAACGGACACAGAUGGAGAGAGAUGAGGCGCUUCUCACUCAUAACCUUGCGGAAUUUUGGGAUGGGGAAGAGGAGCAUUGAAGAGCGUGUUCAAGAGGAAGCCCGCUGCCUCGUGGAGGAGUUGAGGAAAAGCAAGGGCUCACCCUGUGACCCUACCUUCAUCCUGGGCUGUGCUCCUUGCAAUGUCAUCUGCUCCAUUGUUUUCCAGAAUCGGUUUGAUUAUAAAGACCAGAACUUCCUGAACUUGAUGAAGAAAUUGAAUGAGAAUGUUGAGAUGCUGAGCUCACCAUGGAUACAGGAAGCUCUGAUUGACCAAGGGGAGGAGUUCUCUGGAAGAGGCAGGCUCCCAUGGGCUGAAAAAGCUAACAGAGGUCUUGGAAUUAUUUUCAGCAACGGACACAGAUGGCGAGAGAUGAGGCGCUUCUCACUCAUGACCUUGCGGAAUUUUGGGAUGGGGAAGAGGAGCAUUGAAGAGCGUGUUCAAGAGGAAGCCCGCUGCCUCGUGGAGGAGUUGAGGAAAACCAAGGGCUCACCGUGUGACCCCACCUUCAUCCUGGGCUGUGCUCCCUGCAAUGUCAUCUGCUCCAUUGUUUUCCAGAAUCGGUUUGAUUAUAAAGACCAGAACUUCCUGAACUUGAUGGAGAAAUUGAAUGAGAAUGCUGAGAUGCUGAGCUCACCAUGGAUACAGGAGCAGGAAAAUCACAAGGAAUCAUCAGAAUUUACUAAUGAAGGUUUGACAAUGGUUGCAUCUGAUUUAUUUGGUGCUGGGACAGAAACGACGAGCACAACACUGAGAUACUCCCUGCUGCUCCUGCUGAAGCACCCUCACGUCACAGGUAGGAGCACAGGGGGAGACCUAGGUGAAUCUUUGAAAAAUAUAGGAGAGAUGCUGGUAGUGAUUUGCAUUGUCAGAUACGUCUCACAGCUCAACAUCCUGUGCCACCACCUGAAAUCAGAGAAAAGUGAUGAGAACACGGCAGGUAGGAAAAGCAGCAAGACUGUCUUGUGUCUGGAUUUUCUGGGCACAACCAUAUUGACAUCACUGACAUCUGUGCUGCAUGACCCCAAGGAAUUCCCCAAUCCAGACAAGUUUGACCCUGGCCACUUUCUGGAUGAAAGUGGUAACUUUAAGAAAAGUAACUACUUUAUGCCUUUCUCAGCAGGCAAACGGAUUUGUGCUGGAGAAGGCCUGGCCCGCAUGGAGCUGUUUUUAUUCCUAACCACCAUUUUACAGAACUUCAACCUGAAACCUUUCAUGGAUCCACAGGACCUCGAUACCACUCCAGUUCUGAAUGGGUUUAUCUCUGUGCCACCACCAUACCAGCUGAGCUUCAUUCCAGUGUAA